GACUUUUUGAAGUUUUAAAUGCAUUCUAGAAAACUACAACUACGAAUAAUUUUGCACUACUGAACUAACUGGACUAUUUGGCAGAUUUUGGAUAAUUUAUAAUUAAUAUGAUAUUUGGAAGAAUUUGAGUAACUUAGAGCUUUUUUUUGGUAGAAUUUGAAAACAAAUCUAAAAUUUAGCGUGCAUUUUGAAAGAAAUUGCAAAUGUUAAAUGACAUUUUGAAGUUUUAAAUGCACCGUAGACAGUAACAGCUACGGUUAAUUUUAGUACUACUGAACAAACUGGACAUAUUUAUUUCUACUGAACGAAAUAGGAAAAGGACUAUACAUUUUGUAUUUGAAUAAGUCAGUGACUCAUUCAAAAAUUGUUUGCCAAAAGCUGCAAUAUCUUUUAAUUUGAAUACAUGGCACCAGUGUCACAUUUAGAACAAUCAUUUUAGUAAUUCGUUUCCUGACGAGACAAUAGAAAUCCGCCUGUCGUCACUGUAUGAGAAAAAACAAAGAAACAAUCUUUUUUUCUUCUUUGGAAUGAAUCUACAUUGGUGUUGAAUCCCAUCACAGUGACCCAUGUCCUGCGGGUCCGAGGUAAAGCAAUCCGGACCUUCAUUUUGAUGGUUGCGGUAAGCUGAGGUCGUUUCUACACAAGGCAUGGGGUCGGACAGGCUUUACAGAGAAGUUAUUUGUAGGCUGACGAUGUCUGAAGGCCGGCAGAGUCAAGUGGUUCUGCUGGAUGAUCGAAGACUGGACAUACUUAUUAAGCCAAAAUUAUAUGCUGGUGAACUCCUAGACAUGGUUGCCUCUCAUUUUAGUCUGAAAGAGAAAGAAUAUUUCGGUCUUGCUUAUGUGGACGACACGGGUCAUUAUAGUUGGUUACAGCUAGACCGACGAGUGUUGGAACACGAAUUUCCGAAGAAGUCUGCCCAGUCUACUCUAGUACUUUAUUUCAGUAUCAAGUAUUUUGUAGAAAGCAUCACGCACCUACGUGACAGUGCGACCGUUGAAGCAUUUUUCCUGCAAACCCAAUCUCUAGUCUAUAAUGGUUUCAUUGAAGUAAACUCUGACAAAGCCUUUCAAUUAGCCGCUCUAGUCCUCCAAGUUACUCAUGGAUCAUUUACAAAUGAUGAUGUAGCUAAACAACAGUUGAAAAAAUUACCUGUUCUACCAACAAGUGCUUUACGUGACCACCCCUCUUUGCCUGUUUGCGAAGAAAGAGUUUUAGAGCAGUAUAAAUCAAUACAAGGCCAAUCUAGAGGUUCAGCAAUAGUAAAUUAUAUGCGAAUAGUUGAAUCUCUUCCCACAUAUGGCGUGCAUUAUUAUGAAGUAAAGGACAAGGCUGGAAUUCCUUGGUGGCUCGGCAUUAGUUAUAAAGGGAUAUGCCAAUACGAUUAUUCAGACCGUAAAGUUCCUAGAAAAUUGUUUCUAUGGAAGCAGUUAGAAAACCUGUACUUCAGAGACAGAAAAUUUUCUAUAGAAGUAUAUGAUCCAAAAAGUAGGUUGGCUGCUUCUAGAAAGACAUUCGGAUCUGGGAACAUUUGCGUGUAUGUAUGGUUUGCCAGUAGUCCUUCUCUUACCAAAUGCAUUUGGUCAAUGGCCAUAUCCCAACACCAGUUUUAUUUAGACAGGAAGCACAACAAAAGUUCUGCAUCCCCAUCUCGCAACUUUAGUGAUAUUGCAGAUGAGCUUUCCCAUGGUUCCUAUUCCACUGAAACUUCUUCUCUAGGUAGAAGUGUCAGUUCUCUGAGUCUUCCAGCACUCAAAUUAGACAGUGAUUCGUGUGAUGAAACAUUAGACACUGUUGAAAUGUUUGUAGCUCUGAAGGCUCGCAAAGAGGCACUCGAAGAAGCUCUUCGCAGAAAAUGUGAAGAGCUUAAAAGGCUUUGUCUCAAUGAAGGAGAACUAACAGGUGCACUUCCACCAGAGAUGCCUUUAAGCCCUGGGGAACAAAUACCCAUCAUAAAAAGAAAAACUGGUACAAACAUUAAAGAAAAAUCUUUCUGGAAGAAGAAGAGUAAAGAUGAAGAGGAACUAGCUCGUUUAGAACUUGAAUAUGAAAUUCAAAAUAAAAUUGUAGCUGCAGCAAGCAAACUUCUCAAUGACAGCUCAUUGAAGAAAAAUAUCCGCAGACAGAGGAAGCUGUCUCAUCAAAAAGCAGUUGCAAAGUUAAAAGAAAUAGAACAGAAGUUAACUCAUUUAAAAAUGAAAGAGCAUUUCAAGAAAGACAGUCUUCCGCAUUCCAAAACAGAGAAUUUUAUACACUCAAGUGCCAAUAUGAAUGAUCUCACAAUUAAUUUUUCUCAUCCUCAAAGCGAAGAUGAGGGCAUCAAAAAUAGUUUCAAUAAAAUGACUUCUUCUACAUCUUCUCCUGUUCCGUUGCCAAAUAUCAUGAGAGCAGGUUCCAGUUCUGUCCCAUCUAGUCCAUCAAAUCCUCGACAUUUAUCAACCAAACAAAGAAAUAGUCUCACAGAAAAACCAGACAUUCUAAAAAUGGACUUAGCCUUCCAAGGUUAUACCCCUAGUUCUAUUUAUCAAACGCAAACCUCUUAUAGAAGCCAACAAUAUCCAACUUUUUCUAUGAGAUCGCCAACAUCUUAUUCAUCUGCAUCAAGUUCAGAAUUUGGUGGCAUUUCUGGUUUUGGAGAUAAAGACAGUGCACUUAUUCCUCUCACUGCUCCAUACAGAAAUAAGUUUGAAUCCACUUUAAACCUAGAUGGAUCAAAUUUAUAUAGUGUUCCAACUCAACGCACAAGCCAAGCUUUUGACACCCAAGAUGAUAUUUUGGCAUCCAUACCAAUGUCUGCUCAGGAUUUAGGACUUGUAUCACGUCAUAAUAGCCUAGAUAGAAACCGAAGGCACAGUAUGCAGAAAUACCGCAUGUAUAUUGACAAUAGCACUGAGCAAUCAAGACCAAGUUCAGUUCAGCCUUAUUCAGGUUAUGACAAUAUCCUAGCUUACAGAGACCAAGAAAUGUUUCCAUACCAAGAACAACAUCAGUCACAUCUACCCUCCCAUAGUUUUCACCAUCCUCAUCACUUUCAUCACCACCGCCAUCACGAAAAAUCUCCUACAGAACAUAAAUGCCAAGAGAGCCAAAAGGAUGCCAACUUGUACCAUAAAAAUCUAAAACUCUGUGCAAAUGCAAUGUUUGUGGGCAAUCAGCCACACGCGGACAAGAUGAAACAUCACCACUAUCAGCCACCCAAACAAUUUCAUCAGAAAACAAAACAGUGGACAGAGUUUUCUGCCACUGAUUCCCAAACUAGGACUCUGAAUUUAAGUGCUUAUGAUUCUGGACUUGUGUCACCACCUAGUGGGGCAGAAAAAAGCUGGCCUUCUAAACCACGUCAUAGUGUUCAAACAUCAGUUUCAAUGGGAAGUCUGAAAUCUCACGUGGGUCCAAGUCACCAGACUCCUAAAGUAGACAUAGUUACUUACGGACAUUUUCAACCUUAUUGGGAGGAAACAAAACCUUAUGAAACUUCAGACUUUUAUAAAUAUAGCACCAAACACAGAAAGCAACACCAAACAGCUAGUCAAAAUUUACACGCCAAAUUAGUAGCCUGGAAAGCCAAUCAAUCUAGUGGGCAGUUCCCAUCUGCAGCACCGCCCCUUAUGUCUCCUGUUUUGGAGAGAUCAAGAACAGCAUCACCUGCCAGCACAUCUCUUAGUCAACAAGAUGAGAAAGAAAGAUUGCCUUCUGAUCACACUAAGCAAGAAGGCAAUACGAUGAGGAGUAAUGAAUCACAGGAGCAAACUGCAGCUGAUGCUUAUGACAGUGAGAUUAUAGAGUGGUUCAACAAACAGGAGAAGGGGAAGAAAACUACUUUAGUGUAAUUAAAGAUUUCAUUGUGUUCAGACUUCAACCCAUGUAUAUUAUGAAAACUGAAUGGAAAUGGAAAAUAAAAAAAAAAGUUUCAAAAUGUUAUUGACAAUGAUUAUCAAUGAAAUCUUAUCGAAUUGUAUAAACUUAGAUUUUAUUUAUUAAAUUCAAAACUCUUGAUUAAAAUAAAAUGCUUAGUUAUUUUAUUUGUUCUGUGAUAAGUCAAUGAAUAGUCAUGAUAUUGAUAAAAAUGAAUGCAAUGUUGUACAGAAUCAUGUUGUAUUUGAUUAAAAAAAUUAAUAAAAUAAGAGCAAUAAUGUUAAAAUUCAAAAUUUAAGUUGUGCAGUUAUAUUUUCUCUGUGAUAUUUAAUGUUGUGAACAUAAAAUUUCAUACAGGUACUCUACUUAAUACUCUCUUUCUGUUUUGAAAAACAAAAGGCAAAACUCAUUUUCCAUUCAUUCUUAGUUACAUUAAUGGAUGGGAAAAAAAUAGGAUUGCUUUGCUUUUACAAUGAAACAAGGAAUGUGCAAAUAUAUGUGUUUUUGAAAAAUAUAAUGCAUAUCAUAUUUUUAAGGAAAUUUGAAAUUCAACAUUACAUUUAUGGUAGGAACUUUGAAUAGAAAAUAGUUUUCAUAUCUUGCAAAGAGUGCCUAAAAUUAUGGAAAUUGUACAUAAAAGUUUUGUAAAAUUGAAAUUUAUUUUGCAUGUCUGGCAAGCAUCAUUUUUACAAUAGCUAAAAAAUAAAAUAGAAAUUACUUUUCUAAUCAAGAAAAAUUUCUUCAGAAAAUUAUUUGAUUGAUGAGGAGUGUGUGUUUCUAAAAAACCAAACUGUACAUAAAAAAUUUAUUUUUACAUUAAAAGAUUUAACCAGACUUUAACAAAUUACACUUUUAAGGGUUAAAAGCGUAAUUGUAUCAGCAAUAUUAAAAAUAAAGAAAAAUAUUAGGUCUUUUGUUAUUGCUGAAUGAAAAAGUACAAUCUGAUGCAAACUGAAGAUAACGAAUUUAUUGAACAGCAGUUAUUUUAUUUAAAGGCAUUUUUUUUCCACCACUUUUAGUCAUAGGAAGAUAAUUAUAGUCUUUCUGAAUUAUAAUUUUACUGUGUUUGUUUUUCAAUUAUUGUACAAGACUGUGUUCAUAGUAUGUAAAAUAUUAUGUACAUGAGAACUUACCAAAUAAAAUAUUUCUCUCUGGA